UUAGCACAAUCUUACCGGAGAUCGCCAUUCAGCUACGAUGUUCACGGAAGUAUCUGAGUUAUGUUUAAGGCCGGCAAAUGAACGAUUCAAGUGUUUUAUUUAGAUUACCUGAUUCUGUAAAAUGCUAUUAAAAGAUGGCGGCAUAUAGGACAUUCGCCAACCCAGAGUCCCAAAACUGGUUAAAACAGUGGAGGGCUGUUUUCAUUACGAGGAAAGUCAUCCUCCCUUCUGUCAAGACAAAGUCUAGCCAUCUGCACACUGAUAUUCUACAGAAGGCAUCGAAUGAGCAAACUUGUCCAUUAGACCAUGGUCGUAUAUCUGACCGGCAACAAAUACCUUGUCGAUAUCAUGAAAAACUUCGAAAUGAAAUUAAAGCCAUACACAAAAGAAAGAAACCAUCAUGGGGAAACGCUUCUACUGACAAAUGGCGAGACUCGUUUCCUAUCGCCAAGUUAUUCAUGCAGUCAGCUGGGUAUGAUGAUAAAUCUUCAUUUGAUGAAAUUGACUUCAACGGACUUGCAGCCUUUAUGUAUAACUGCGGGAAAUACACACAUACUGUGGAAACACUAUCUGACGAGACUCGGAAGUUCGUGAACAAGAUCCGGCAUAUGCCAGACUUAUGUUCAAAGGCUCUGACAGACCAGGCCACCACUGAGUGUAUAGACAGCAUGCUUGCGUUGCUGAACGACCCAGAUUUCCAGGGAGAUCCAGAAAUACUGGAAGCAAUCAACCAGCUAGAUGAGUUGAAGACCAAAUCUAUAGAUCCCAACUCGGAAUUGCUGAAAUAUAUUAUUGAAGAUACUACUAUCAGAGGCGUUCAAGAAAUAACUGAACUUGCUUCUGCUAAAGAAGGCAAAUACAGCGAUCGCGCAAGUGAGAUAAAGGGUGACAUUGAGAAACUCAGCGUUAUGUUAAUGUCCAGUAUAGAGGAACAAGGUGCGAGUGUCAUUAACGAUAUAAAGAAAACAUCUGAGAGGGCAAAACACGAAAUGAGCGAAUUUAUUGGAUGUGAACAACAAAAGCUGAUGAACGAAAGAGGAGAACAAAGGGAGGCCAAAUUAACAAAAGCAAAGUCAGAUUUACACCAACAGUUGCUAAAUUAUUACCAGACAAAGUCUCUCACAAUGAACGUUCGAUUGAACAUCGAUGCAGCCGUAGAAGACAUUUAUGAAAAGCCCACACUUAUAUUGAAGAACAGGAAAGACAAAGAUGGUAAAGUAAAAGAUAAAGAGAUAUCAGAAAUAAAUGAUAUGUUUCUGAACGAAAAUGGCACGGUGGCUAAAACAGUAUUCGUGGUGGGCGAACCGGGCAAGGGCAAGUCCUCGCUCUGUAAAAAAUUUGUCCAUGGCUGGUGCGAACUGCACAAAGAUGGAAAUGAGAAGACAAAAACAGACAACAUCUUAAGUCAAUUUGGGUUCUUAUUCUACAUAAGGCUACGGGAGGCUGCUGAUCAAUGCAAAAUCAAAGAUAUGAUAUUACUCUGUUUGAUUGAACGGAUUCAUUCAGAUGAUCCAAUGUCAAGAGAAUUGUUAACAGAGAUUUUGAAAUCAGAAUGUUGCCUUCUGCUGCUUGAUGGCUUAGACGAGUGGACACAUUGUAGCAAAUGUACCAAUGAUGAACGAAUUCCUCAUGUUGAAACAAGUUGGGUGAACUGUACAACAUUAAUAACAACACGACCAUACAAACUAGCGGAGCUGAAAGUGAACCUCUCACAACUCGGCAACCAUGUGCAGUUAGAGGGCAUUCAGUCACCUGAGGAACUUGUUCGGAGAGUACUUGAGGAGUUCGAGAAAUAUCAAGAAAAAAAACGUCCAAAUACCUGCGUUGAAGAGCUAAAAGUUAAAGGUCUGUGGCAUUUCAGCGGUGUUCCAAUCGUGCUUGUUCAAAUUGUUUGGCUCUGGUACAGAGACAAGCUAAAGGCAAACAUGUCUCUGACUGAAGUUUACGAGAAAAUAAUAGAGGAAAGGUGGAGUGAAAUGAACGACAAGCACAAUAUAGAGGAAAACGAUAUUCCAGAGGAAUUUCUUGAUUCUUUGAGUAAAUUAGCUUUCAAUAAACUGUUUUCAGCAAAUGAGGAUGAUUCCAUUGUUUUCGGCAUUGCAAAGGAUCAGUUAGAGAAAAAGUACCAACGAUUGUCUCUUGAAUCUGGCAUCAUGUCCUGUAGUAGUAAACUAGGUGAAAGAUUUGCGUCUUACCAAUUUUUGCACAAAACGCUUCAAGAAUACUUGUCAGCAUUGUAUUUGACAAAAAGCAGCAGAUCAGAUCUGAUCAAGCAUUGUCAACACAUUCAGGAAGUGUAUAGACAUAACAGGAGAGAAGGUGUGUUAAGCAUGCGUCAGAUGUUCCUGUUUAUAUGCGGCAUGAAUACAACUGCUGCUGAAAUGUUUUCGAAGUCAUUGAAUGAACUAUUUACUUACUGCAUAGAAAGAACCGGGUUUUCAAAGUACGAAGCAAUGUAUUUUCAGGAUAUGAUACAACAAGGCUAUAAAGAAGCGGAGAAAAACGAGCACACCGGAGUGGAGAUCCACCUGCAGCAUGUCGUCCUCGAGAAUCGUCCUUAUAAACACAAGUCAUUGUUGGAAAAUUGCUUGGAUAAAAGAAAACCCACUCUUGUUUCAUUAUAUAUAGAAGAGGAAAGCGACCUUUCCUCGUUGUUGCAGGACAAGAAUGAUUCAAGAGUUUUAGAUUUAGAGAUUUGCAAUAAUCUAAAAGUUGUUGCCUUAAAUAAUGUUCCAUAUGAAGAUAUCAACAAACUGAACUGGAAUGGAUUAAUAGAAUGCAAAAUACGGUUGUGCUGUCGUGGACCAGCAAAUAAACUGGUAACUUCAAUUCUGUCCUCAGAUGUAACAUGUUUGAAAACACUCAAAAUAGAAUGGAUUGGUUGGGAGCCUAAAGCCCAGGAAAUUUUCUCCAAACUCCAACACAUUGAAGAUCUAGACGUAACAUGGUACAACACUCUGCCAAAUGAUUCCAAUUUUGAACUUGAUAUUCGACAUCUCGAACAACUCAACCAACUCUCCUUAAACGGACUUGCUUUCUCUGACGUUUUUAUUCCACAUAUGCUCAAUUUCCAAAAGUUAGAGGUCGUGUUUAGCACACAGCAAAGAGCACCACGGUUAAUGGCGGGGUUACUAGCACAAAGCGAUGAUUCACUCAGUCCAAAUCUGGACGGGCCGCUUUCUACCCUUACGAAUGUUAAAUUGGGUAACAUGAUCAUAUCAGAGGGAACGUUCAGACGUCUCAUUAGUAUUGUGAUACAGUCGGGACAUUCUGUGAACUGUGAGUUAAAGGGCUGUACAAUAGAGCCUGAAGAGGACGUGAGACAGCUGCAGGUGGAGAUGGAGAACCAGGCCGCUCUUCAGAUGGUUGUUCUACAGCCCGUCUCAGCUGACUAUACAACACACAUUGCAAUAAGGAAAACGACCAUGUCAGCAGGAGAGUUCAGACGUCUCGUUAGUAUUGUGAUACAGUCGGGACAUUCUGUGAACUGUGAGUUAUGGGGCUGUAUAUUAGUGCCUGAUGAGGACGUGAGACAGCUGCAGGUGGAGAUGGAGAACCAGUCCGCUCUUCAGAUGGUUGCUCUACAGCCCGUCUCAGCUGACUAUACAACACACAUUACAAUAGGGGAAACGACCAUGUCAGCAGGAGAGUUCAGACGUCUCGUUAGUAUUGUGAUACAGUCGGGACAUUCUGUGAACUGUGAGUUAUGGCACUGUACAAUAGAGCCUGAAGAGGACGUGAGACAGCUGCAGGUGGAGAUGGAGAACCAGUCCGCUCUUCAGAUGGUUGUUCUACAGCCCGUCUCAGCUGACUAUACAACACACAUUGCAAUAAGGGAAUCGACCAUGUCAGCAGGAGAGUUCAGACGUCUCGUUAGUAUUGUGAUACAGUCGGGACAUUCUGUGAACUGUGAGUUAGGGCGCUGUACAAUAGAGCCUGAAGAGGACGUGAGACAGCUGCAGGUGGAGAUGGAGAACCAGUCCGCUCUUCAGAUGGUUGUUCUACAGCCCGUCUCAGCUGACUAUACAACACACAUUACAAUAGAGGAAACGACCAUGUCAGCAGGAGAGUUCAGACGUCUCGUUAGUAUUGUGAUACAGUCGGGACAUUCUGUGAACUGUGAGUUAUGGCACUGUACAAUAGAGCCUGAAGAGGACGUGAGACAGCUGCAGGUGGAGAUGGAGAACCAGUCCGCUCUUCAGAUGGUUGCUCUACAGCCCGUCUCAGCUGACUAUACAACACACAUUGCAAUAAGGGAAUCGACCAUGUCAGCAGGAGAGUUCAGACGUCUCGUUAGUAUUGUGAUACAGUCGGGACAUUCUGUGAACUGUGAGUUAGGGCGCUGUACAAUAGAGCCUGAAGAGGACGUGAGACAGCUGCAGGUGGAGAUGGAGAACCAGUCCGCUCUUCCGAUGGUUGCUCUACAGCCCGUCUCAGCUGACUAUACAACACACAUUGCAAUAAGGGAAACGACCAUGUCAGCAGGAGAGUUCAGACGUCUCGUUAGUAUUGUGAUACAGUCGGGACAUUCUGUGAACUGUGAGUUAGAGGGCUUAACAAUAGAGCCUGAAGAGGACGUGAGACAGCUGCAGGUGGAGAUGGAGAACCAGUCCGCUCUUCAGAUGGUUGCUCUACAGCCCGUCUCAGCUGACUAUACAACACACAUUGCAAUAAGGGAAACGACCAUGUCAGCAGGAGAGUUCAGACGUCUCGUUAGUAUUGUGAUACAAUCGGGACAUUCUGUGAACUGUAAGUUAUUCGACUGUGAAAUAGAGCCUGAAGAGGACGUGAGACAGCUGCAGGUGGAGAUCGAGAACCAGUCCGCUCUUCCGAUGGUUGUUCUACAGCCCGUCUCAGCUGACUAUACAACACACAUUACAAUAGAGUACACGACCAUGUCAGCAGGAGAGUUCAGACGUCUCGUUAGUAUUGUGAUACAGUCGGGACAUUCUGUGAACUGUGAGUUAGGGCGCUGUACAAUAGAGCCUGAAGAGGACGUGAGACAGCUGCAGGUGGAGAUGGAGAACCAGUCCGCUCUUCCGAUGGUUGCUCUACAGCCCGUCUCAGCUGACUAUACAACACACAUUGCAAUAAGGGAAACGACCAUGUCAGCAGGAGAGUUCAGACGUCUCGUUAGUAUUGUGAUACAGUCGGGACAUUCUGUGAACUGUAAGUUAUUCGACUGUGAAAUAGAGCCUGAAGAGGACGUGAGACAGCUGCAGGUGGAGAUCGAGAACCAGUCCGCUCUUCCGAUGGUUGUUCUACAGCCCGUCUCAGCUGACUAUACAACACACAUUACAAUAGAGUACACGACCAUGUCAGCAGGAGAGUUCAGACGUCUCGUUAGUAUUGUGAUACAGUCGGGACAUUCUGUGAACUGUGAGUUAGAGAACUGUGAAAUAGAGCCUGAAGAGGACGUGAGACAGCUGCAGGUGGAGAUGGAGAACCAGUCCGCUCUUCAGAUGGUUGUUCUACAGCCCGUCUCAGCUGACUAUACAACACACAUUACAAUAGAGGAAACGACCAUAUCAGCAGGAGAGUUCAGACGUCUCGUUAGUAUUGUGAUACAGUCGGGACAUUCUGUGAACUGUGAGUUAGAGGGCUGUACAAUAAAGCCUGAAGAGGACGUGAGACAGCUGCAGGUGGAGAUGGAGAACCAGUCCGCUCUUCCGAUGGUUGUUCUACAGCCCGUCUCAGCUGACUAUACAACACACAUUGCAAUAAGGGAAUCGACCAUGUCAGCAGGAGAGUUCAGACGUCUCGUUAGUAUUGUGAUACAGUCGGGACAUUCUGUGAACUGUGAGUUAGGGCGCUGUACAAUAGAGCCUGAAGAGGACGUGAGACAGCUGCAGGUGGAGAUGGAGAACCAGUCCGCUCUUCCGAUGGUUGCUCUACAGCCCGUCUCAGCUGACUAUACAACACACAUUGCAAUAAGGGAAACGACCAUGUCAGCAGGAGAGUUCAGACGUCUCGUUAGUAUUGUGAUACAGUCGGGACAUUCUGUGAACUGUGAGUUAGAGGGCUGUACAAUAGAGCCUAAAGAGGACGUGAGACAGCUGCUGGUGGAGAUGGAGAACCAGUCCGCCGUGAAACUUGUGAGGCCCUUCCAGGUUGAUGAAUUCCACGACUGGUCUGUUGAGUUCAACGUAAACGUAAAUGAGUCCACGGAACCAGAAGAGUCUCUUCUUUCCUUCGGAAGUAACUCCCCUUGUUCCGACGCGUCCAAGGAACCGGAAUUGUCCGUCCGGGCUUUCAGAAAUAACUCCCAUUUCUCCGUCGCGUCAACGGAACCGGAAGAGUCCCUUCAGGCUACCGGAAGUAGAUCCCCUUGCUCUGUCGCGUCCGCGGAACCGGAAGUGCCCCUCCAGGCUUCCGGAAGAAGCUCCCCUUGCUCCGCCGGAGAGAAGCCCAAUAGAAAGCGUAAGGGGGAACCAGGAGGUGGUCCCAGUCCCAACAAGCAGCAGAAACAGGAACCAGCUGGAAACAAAGAGGAGAAUAAGACAUCCACGGAACCGGAACAGUCCCUCCAAGCUAGCGGAAGCAACACCCUUACUCCGUCGGCUCCAAAGAAAGCUAAGAUGACGCCUUAGGACAUUCUAAGGAACUUAACCAUGGACGGCUCAAAGCCCUUAAACAAUCAGAGUAAAUGACUGGCAGUCGAAUGAUGUGCUUUUAAUAGUUUUGUACAAGUUUAUUUUCCGAAGUAGAAACAUGUUUUCGAAACAGCAAAUUUUGGUUCAAAUAAUCAUUCUGUAUUAUGUUUGAUGAAUUUUAUUCAUUUCUUUCAUGUUGGUCUGUAGUUAUGGUUUAUCUCAUUUAUGUCCGAUUUAACGAUUGAAUGUUAACGCGCACAGCGCUGUUAUAAAAACAUCGAUGACAUCAUUUCCGGUAUGACAUCGUUUUGCUAACAUUUGGCGAUAUUUUUAAAGUAAAGAUCAAUUCAUUAUUAUCUCUAAUGUCUGGAAAGCAUAAAAUAAAGAGAAAGGGUGUGUUUUUUAGUGUAAGAUUGUUAUAUAAUUCACCUCGUUCACAACAAUGUAAAUAUUUUGCUUUUGGUGUUCACUCAAGAAAAAAAUAACUGUCGUACACUGAUACAAACAAGUACCCUCUAUAAGUGUUGUAUGUCGACUGAUUCUAAAGUUGUUUCUUUAUAUAGAGUUUGAUCUGUUUGUUUUUUGCCUUGCGAGUUAUAUCUGCACUCUCACAGGUAUACCGUUUUUACAACUUUAAAAAAAAAAUGUCUUUGACAGAGCAAAUUUUCGCGUAAAUAUCUUCAAACCAGUGAUAAAAGAUUGCUGACAAAAAAUUAGAUCGCAAAUUUUCAUAUUUCCGUUCGAAAAUUAUUGUUUAAUGAGUAACGGUUUAAGAAAAUACAUAACACAUCAAUUUUUGAACUUGAAUAUAAAAAUCUGCGAUCUGAUUUUUGUCAGCUGUCUUGUAUAACUGGUUUCCAUGCAUUUUCGCAAAAAUUGGCUCGUUCCAAGACAAAAAAUAAAAAAAGCUGUGAAAACGUUCAAUCUCUAAGAGUGCAGCUUUAAAGUGAUAUCAGAGUACAGUACAACUGUAAAUAUAUUUUAAUUUCUUAACAUUGUCAUAAAGAAUUUAAAGAGUGCUGUUGCUGUGUAGAAAGUUUGAAAGUGUUGUUAUAUAUGCCUUGUAGAUUUUUACUGUGAAUAUAGUUUAUUUUUUUUUAACAUUGCCAUAAUGAUUCUAAAGAGUGCUGUUGCUGAAUACAGAGUUUGAAAGUGUUGUUAUAUGCCUUGAAAGUUACAAUGACUUCAGAGUAGAUUAUUACUGUAAAUAUAGUUUCAUUUCUUAACAUUGUCAUAAUGAUUUUAAAGAGUGCUGUUGCUGUAUAGAGAGUUUGAUGUAUUGUUAUAUACCUUGCAAGUUAUAGUAAUUUCAGAGUACUAGAUUAUUACUGUAAAUAUAGUUUCAUUUCUUAACAUUGUCAUAAUGAUUUUAAAGAGUGCUGUUGCUGUAUAGAGAGUUUGAUAGUGUUGUUAUAUGCCUUGUACGCUUUAGUGUAUAUAAUUACUAUUAAUACAGUUUAAUUUCUUAACAUUGUCAUAAUGAUUCUUAUGUGUGUGUUUUUAUAGACAGUUUGAUGUGUUUGUAUAUGCCUUGCACGCUAUAGUGAUUUCAGAGUACAUAAUUACUGUAAAUAAAGUUGCAUUUCUAAACAUUGUCAUAAUGAUUUACGGUAAGUAGAGUUGCCUUUCUUAACAUUGUCAUAAUGAUCUACUGUAUAUAAAGUUGACUUUCUGAACAUUGUCAUAAUGAUCUACUGUAUAUAAAGUUACCUUUCUUAACAUUGUCAUAAAGAUUUUAAAGUGUUUUGUUGCUGUAUAGAGAUUUUGAUGUGUUUGUAUAUGCCUUGCACGCUACAGUGAUUUCAGAGUACAUUAUUACUGUGAAUAGAGUUGCAUUUCUAAACAUUGUCAUAAUAAUUUACUGUAAGUAGAGUUGCCUUUCUUAACAUUGUCAUAAUUAUUCUAAAGUGUGUUGUUGCUGUAUAUUGAGUUCAGUCUGUUUAAUGUGUUUGUAUAUGCCUUUUAAGUUAUAUUGAUUUUAGAGUACAUUAUUACUGUAAAUAGAGCUUGAUAUGUUUACAUACACAUGCAUGUUUUGUACGUAACAAUGACUUUAAAGGAACUCGUUCACAUUUUGUAAGUCUAAACAUCGAAAAUAAUUAGUUCUCGUGCAAUGUGAAGAAAACGCAAGUAACAUAGAUUAAACAUCAUCAUUAACAUCAUAUAAGAUCUCUCUCUUGCUUAUGUAUUCUUGCCAUUGUCGAAUAUUUGGAUAUAUUUUCUUUCCGAAAAGCACUGGUACCAAUGUUGUAAACUGACUUAUGUUCGGCUUGGAUUAACAAAAGUUUGUUCAACAAAGGAAAUAAAAUAAAUGAAUUUCAAGUAUGUGAAAAUUGUUGCCAACAUAAACUCUGUGAGAGAGUCUCUUUAAUAUACAUUACUGCUGUUAAAAUAGUAUAAUAUAGUUACAUAUUUAUAAAUGUUAAUAUGUGCAUCAUAUUGCUUCGUCUGCGUCUGGUUAAUGUGUUAACUGUUUUUGCAUCAUACAUUUAUUCUAUCGAUCAUCGUUUCUAUUAGCAUAGUUUCAUUUGUUUUAAUCUGUCUGGUUAAUUACUCCGAUUCUAGAAUUCAUCGUCACUGCAAAUAAAGGGUUCUUUGGGGGUAUGGCUUGGAGCGUUUUCACAAGAAAUAGAGUUAACCUUAUUGUCAUACAACUUUAUACGUGUUCAGGAAAUGUGUUUAUAAACGAGUUUUUAGCGGGUUUCUAAACAUUUUUCUUGAAUGAACUAAAUAAAAGUGUGUGUGAUUUGAGAACAAGUGUUCGAUUAUUAUGAUCACAUGCUUUAUAAACCGGUAACAAUAAACGAAAAAGAUCGCAUUGAUGACUAACUACAUUCGACUAACAACAUUCAACACUGAUGAUACACUUCAUUUAACUCUGAUCACAUUCUCCUUUUUGACACUAAAGACCUGCUUUAUUUGACAGUGUUAACAAAAUUUGUAACUGAUGACAUACUUCAUUUGUUACUGAUAACAUACUUCAUUUGACACAUAUUACAUACUUCAUUUUUUACUGAUGACAUAUUUCAUUUGACACGGUUUACAUACUUCAUUUGACACGGAUUACAUACUACAUUUGACACGGAUUACAUACUUCAUUUGACACGGAUUACAUACUUCAUUUGACACGGAUUACAUACUACAUUUAACACUGAUGACAUUCUACAUUUAACACUACUGACUUACUACAUUUGACACUACUGACUUACUACAUUUGACACUGAUGACAUACUACAUUUGACACUGAUGACAUACUACAUUUGACACUACUGACUUACUACAUUUGACACUACUGACUUACUACAUUUGACACUGAUGACAUACUUGGACGUAUGCUAAUAGUGUCUACUGUUUAUUACCUUUUCCCAUUUUAAUUAUUAUCAUAUUCAAUUACUGAACUUAGAUGGUACAUUAACGUAGAUUAAUGGUGUCUGCAUUUUUAACUUACCCAUAGUAAUAAUUAUAUUGUUCAUUUAUUUUGAGCUUAAUAGAAGGUACAUAAACAUAAGUGAAUGGUGUCUGCAAUUUAUUUACCUUUUGCGUGUUAAAAAUGAUGUUGUUUACUAUUACACUAUUUAGACGGUUAAUGCUGUCUUCAACUUUCAAUAGUAAUAAAUAUA